AUGAGGGAACUUGACACCCUUAUCUCAGAAUACCGCCAUGAAAAUAAACGUCCUCGCGAGUCGGAGGCGCUCUUGAUCCUGCGCAAGGUUGCCUCCAUGGUAAAGCCAAUCAUGCGACAGCGCGCCUGGAGAGUGGGCGCACUGUGUGAGUUCUAUCCGCGACAGAAGAACCUGCUGGGACUAAAUGUCAACUCGGGCCAAAAGAUCUGUCUGAGGUUGCGGUAUGCCUCGGAUCAGCGGCAGUUUCUCCCCAUCGAACAAGUUGUGGAUACGAUGCUUCAUGAAUUAUGUCACAUCGUUCAUGGUCCUCAUCAUCAGCAGUUCCAUGCACUGUGGAACCAACUCCGUGACGAGCAAGAGGAACUCGUCAUCAAGGGCUACACCGGCGAAGGAUUUCUUUCUCAAGGCAAACGUCUCGGCGGUCAAAGGAUCCCGCUCGAUGAGGCCCGUCGUCGCGCCCGAGCGGCUGCCGAACAGCGACGGGUUCUCACGAAAAAUUCCGGAAGAAAGCUUGGCGGCGCUCCUGUGCUACGAGGCACGGACAUGCGCAAGGUUCGAGCCGAUGCAGCCCAGCGGCGCAUCGAGGUGACUCAGGGCUGUGCUUCAGGGACGGACCGAAGUGCGGAGCUCGCUGAAGAGGCCUCGAGGAACGGAUUCCGCACGAAGGCCGAGGAAGACGAUGCAAAUGAGCAGGCUAUCCUACAGGCUUUUAUUGAGUUGAUUCAGGAGGAAGAACGAGAGCGAUACGGGUCUUCUUACGUUCCCCCGAGCCAGGAAAACCCGGCAGGGCCUCGAACGCGUGGGUCACGAACACCGUCGCCAGCUCCCUCUCAGAGCACCUCUACACAACCACCAGCAGCUCCGCCAGCUGAUUCUUUUGAGGCCCUGGAUCUCACUGCUGACAAUAGCUCUUAUGAGACCUCGUGGACUUGCCCCACAUGUACGCUUGAGAAUCCGUCCAAUUUUCUAUGCUGCGAUGUGUGUGCAGCAGAACGACCGCCCCCCUCGAGCACAAAGUCCACUUCUGGACCGGCUCCGACACCAAGCACAUCAACGAAACCGCGAGUACAGAAUAAAAGGCCUCGAGCGGAGGGCCCCGGGAACGAAAAUGAUGAAACUACCCCGAGAGAUACAUUCGCCUUCAAGAAUCGAACCCCUGCCUUGGACUCCCUCGCUUCCCUGAACCGCGAUGUCAACAAACGACCGUUGGGAUGGGUGUGCAACACUUGCGGCGCAUUCAUGGAGACUCAAUGGUGGACAUGCUCCGGCUGCGGGAAAAUGAAAGAGUCAUCUUAA